AUGCUAACUGUGGGGCCUGGGCGCCGCCACCUUGGGGAGCCGAGUGCCCGGCGGGCCGCCGCCCCGUGGGGACGCAGGGCGCGCGCGGGCGGGGCUCAGCGGGGUCCCGGCUGUGGAGGCGCCCGCGGUCCAGCUGCCGCCGUUGCUGCUGCUGUUGGUGGCCGGGGCCCCGGAGCCAGGCAGCACCUCGGCGGAGGCUCCGCCUCUCGUCAGCGGAGAGGUGAGGCGCACGGUGGGCCUGGGCAGCCACCCGGCCAAGUCCCGGCGCACGCGGGCGGCGGCCCGGCGCCGCGCGCUGCCUCCUUCCUGGUGGCGCUGGAGCCCGAUUCGGAGGCCCAGCUGGCACACCUCGGCGUGCAGGUGAUGGGAGUGGAUGCGGAGGCCAACAGUCUGCACGUACGGGAGACCAAAAGGAACGGCAAAAGCGGGAGGCCCUUCACGGUCCAGCUCCCAGUCGCUCUUGAUCCUGGGGCCGAGGUUUCAGUCGUUGUGGAAGCUGUUUAUACCCACGCGAUUCAGCCGUAUCCAAUCCAGGUCACCCAGUCUGAGAAACAGUUUGUGGUGUUUGAGGGGAAUCGUUAUUUCUACUCUCCCUACCCGACCGAGAGGCAAACCAUGCGUGUGAAGCUCGCCUCCCCAGACGUGGAGAGCUAUACGAGAUUGGGCAACCCCAUGCGCCACGAGAACCUCCUGGGUUACGGCCCUUUCCAGGACACCCCUGCCUAUAGUCAGGGUAGUUUCAGAGUACAUGCUGAGAACGACAGCCCUCUCCUGACCGCCAGCAGCAUGACCCGAGUCAUCGAGGUCUCCCACCGGGGUAAUAUUGCUGUGGAAGAGCACGUGGACCUGAAGCACACGGGGGCUGUGCUGAAGGGGCCUUUUUCUCGUUAUGAUUAUGACAGAUGGGCAGAUAGUGGCAGCUCCUCCAUCCGUUCUUUUAAGACCAUCCUUCCUGCCUCUGCCCAGGAUGUUUAUUACCGGGAUGAGAUUGGCAGCAUGUACACCAGACACCUGCUUAUUUUGGAUGACUCGGUGGAGAUGGAAGUGAAGCCUCGUUUCCCUCUCUUUGGCAGGUGGAAGACUCAUUACAUCAUUGGGUACAACCUCCCAAGCUAUGAGUACCUCUAUAAUUUGGGAGACCAGGGCCAGGAACAUCCAGUGGACAGUCCCUAUGAGGUCAGCCGAGCCCCCGACGAGCGGCACUAUACCUACCUGGACACUUGUGGCCGCCCUGUGAUCGUGGCCCACAAGGAGAACCUGGUGGAACAGCACAUCCGGGACAUCGUGUUGCACUACACCUUCAGCAAGGCGCUCAUGCUCCAGGAGCCCCUGCUGCUGGUGGCCGCCUUCUGCAUUCUGCUCUUCACUGUCGUCAUCUGUGUCAGGCUGGGCUUGCCCAUCACAGAGGAUCCAGCUGCAGAAGCCAGGAUGAAGGUGGCUUGCAUGAUAGAGCAGGUCUUGAACCUGGUCAGCAAGAGACUAGGUCUCUACCACCACUUUGACAAGACGGUCAGUAGAUACAAACUGUCCCAGGACGUGUCCACCCUCAGCAGUGGCAAGAAGAGCCUGGAGACGGAGCACAGGGCUUUGACCAGUGCGGUGGCACUGCUGCAGUCCAGGCUGAAGGCCGAGGGCUCCAAGCUGUGCGACAGAGUGAGCGAAAUGCAGAAACUGGACGCGCAGGUCAAGGAGCUGGUCCUGAAGUCAGCAGUGGGGGCUGAGUGGCGGGUGACCGGCAAGCUCAAGAAAGACAUGCACGUCGAGAAUAAGAAGCUCAUUUCAGGAAAGCGACAGGAGCUGGUCAGCAAGAUUGACCACAUCCUGCAUACCCUGUAG